GCACGGGGGAUCGCUCCUCCACAAGCGUGCAUGCCCGAAGUGACGAACCAUCUCACAUUUAUACAAUAAAACAAAUGAAUAUUCAAUUAACACCUAUACAUAUUCGUUACCUAAAUCCCCUUACUCUCGCUUCGUAUGUUAAUUAGCUUAUCAGUCCUUUGCCUGGAAUGUGGUGGUCUUGCAGGUUUGUAGGUGAUUCAUGUCCUUGUGACCAUCCGAUCUUCUUCAGCAAGAAGACUUAGCACUCCCUCCCUCUAGAUAACAUUGGAAUGUCUCUCAUCCUUUUCUCAUCCUUUUUAUAAAUAGCCCCUUUGUUAGAGGAAGAAGGGUAGGUGUCUCCUCAAAGCUGUGUGACUAUGUGACCAGACACCGCACCCAUGACCAGUCACCAUGCCCACAUUCCUUGAGCAGACAUAUACAAUCACGAUCGAUGUCCAUUGUCCCCAUUUCACACUAUUUCUCCAUAUCAGGCCGAGGCGGCGGCAGGGGAGCGCCAGGAGCGCGGGGUCCACGAGCAAGCCCCUGCGGCGGAGGCGGAGGCGGGGGCGGGGGGGGGGGUCCUGCCCGCCGGCCGCCUGGGCGGGGGGCGGCAGGGGAACCUUCAGCCGCCCGCUGCGUCAGGCUCCCGGUCCGCUGGCGGCGAGCCGGGGCCGGGGGCAGAGGGGAGGGAGGAGGGGAAGCAGGAGGCCGUCCCCCGCCUCCGCCGCAGGGGCUGAGCAUCUCCCCCGCAGCCGGGUCCCAACCUCAGGUGCCCCCGGCGCUGCCGCGGCGGCGGCCAGCCGGCCCCCCGCUGCUGCUCGGGAAGGGCCUGCAGGAGCGGCUCCGGGCAGGGCCGAGCGGCGCCGGUCGCGGUCACUUGUGCUUCUGUCCCUCUGCCGGGGACCGCGCCGCCUCGGGCUGGCGGGGGUUGUCCCUGCCCGGCCUCGCCCCCGCAGAGAGGGUGCGGGAGGGGACCGGGGGGCACGGCCCGGCUGGGGGCAGGAGCUGGGCCGGCCGGGGAGAGGCGAAGAAGGAAUCCGAGGGCAGGCGGGCAGCAGCUGCCUCCUGCUGCGGGCACAGAGAGCCUGCCCCUGCGGCGAGGGGGGACCAGCCCCGCAGCCCGCAGCAGCCGGGUGCCAGCGUGCACAGCAGGGUCCCCGUGUCACCCGCGGGGUCCGUGUGUCACCCACAGCGUGGGGCGGCCCCCGGUGCACGAGGGAGCGACGCGACGUGUCCGGGAGGCCGCGUCUUGCGAGGAAGAGCUGUGAGACACCCGGGGGUUACCGUAGGUGGUGGGGGCAGCCAAGCGACCGGCGUUCUGCGGGAGGGAGGGAGGAGAGAGGGGUAAAGAAGCGUCUGAACUGUCACGUUUUCACAGCGGUACCAAAAACGAGAGCUGUGCUCUCCAUUCUAUUCUUCUGUCCUGCUCCCUCUUCCCUUCUGCCUUUAUCUCUCAUUCUGCUGCUCCCUUUUUACUGUCUCUGCUAUUGUCCUACUCCCUCUCCUUCUCCCCUUUUCUUCAUCCUCUCUGUCCUGCAGCCCAGGGCUGGUUUUCCCUUUACAUCUCUGUCCUUAUCUGUAUCCAUCUCUUUUAAGGUUUUCUCCCCACCCACACCCGCCUGUCUACCCCCAGUUUCUCUGGUCUGUUCCCUAUCAUUCUUUUCCUCUCUGCACCUGUAUGUGCUGCUCAGGGUCCAGGGAGAUAUCUGGAGGCAGGGGGCACCUCAGGAAGGUCUGUGUCCAAACAGGUGACACUGUGAAAGGAUGGGGUAAGAAAACCUAGUGUCCUGAGCACAUCACGUCCAGAGAAACAUGUUGCCUAUACACCUUCAUUUGGGAGGAGGACAGGUGUGAGCAAGCAAAAGAAAACUGGCAAGUGUGGUCAGCCUUGCUGUAAAAUCAGAACGGUUUCUGCUGCUGUCUGGAUAUCCGAGAGCCUCCUCAAUGUUUCAGGCAGGCCAAGUGUUGUGCCCCAGUAUGUCUGGGAGUCCACAGCUCUGCAGUUCCCUAUAGGGGCACUACAGGUAAGCUUGUAAGAUCCCAGAGCUCUUUGCAAGUGACACUAAUGGAGUUUCUUUGGGUAUAUAUUUGGAUACAUGUGCCAGCUGAAAAGGUAUUGUUUGCUUACCGGCUCAGUAAGCACAGAUCACUUGGGUGGUCAUGGACACUUGUCAUUUACUGAGGAAGUUUCCACCGGUUGGAUGGAAAGGGAAACAGUUCAGAGGCACUGUUUAGGGUUUGGGUAUUUUUUGUUUGUUGUAAAACCUGGGGUUUUAGCAUUUUGUUCCGUAUCGUCUGUUAAAGAAAAUGUAUUUUGAAUUAAGAAAUGUAAAGUGCUGAAGCAGCUGAGUGGCAGAAUCAGGCCUCGUCCCUAGCGUAGCCCUAAUCCAAGGCUGGUUUAAAACCCAGUCUAGUUAAUUGGUGGGAGAACAGAGAAACAACAGAUGGUCAAUUUGUAUACAGAAGUGCUCUCAGAAACACAGGUGGUUUUAGAAAAAUUAGUAUAUUAGAAUAGGAAUUGCUUGUUCAAAGACUAAGCGCACUUGGAGGAGUGUGUGAGUUAAAGCAGGCAGAAAGAAGAUCAAGAUCCGAGGAGAAGCCUGGAACCGAGGAAGAGCCUGAAGCCAAGGAGAUGAAUCACCUGGGACAGUCAGUUGAUGGAUUUGCAGAACUGACAGGACCAAAGGAAACUCCUAAAACCUUCAGACAUUGACUAAUGAUUUGAUAAGCGUAUAUAAGCUGUGCUGUAUCGCUUGGUUCUCUGCCACUCACUGGGGUGGUGGCCCGGCUCUGAGUUGUGACAAAAGCAAGCCCAGUAUCUUAUAAAUAUUUGUAAAGUAUCCACAUCUACGUAAAUUUUUCCUUUAACAACAGCAAUCGCUGGGGCUUAUCCGUAGGACCCCACCAUCCACCUGGCCCCCCCUGCACCUUGUGCCACGGGUUCCCCAUGCUACUGGCUCUCCCUUGGUAAUGGGGUGGGGGCAUGGACAGAAAGAACCACCCAACUGUUAAAGCUGUCAGAUGCAAAAGAUUUAACCGCUCGAGCCGUGCGGGUGCUUUUUGGUACAGAGGCAAUGGGUAAUAGUGGCUGGGCUGUGAGUGGGCAAAGGGCAGAGUGAAGUGAACCCUGGAGCUGCAGUGAGCAGUUCCUGUGGCCAGGCGGUGUGAACUGGGCCGAGAUCCUGGCCAGUGCUCGCCCGGCCAGUGCUCAGUACAGGGUUGGUGGAGCGCUGCUGCAGCCCUGGCGCUGUGCAUUCGUGGUGGCGCCUCCCCACUCGGUGCUGCCAGCCGUUGAAAACGGCAUCACGAUCCCGUGCUGCCUGCGGGGUGGUGCUGCGGCGCCUGCUGCUGUGCCCAUGGUAAGAAGCUACCGCUGCCGUCCCCCGAGCACGUUGCCCGAGCACGUUGCCCCGGGAGAAACACAGCUUGUGGGUGCUCGCUGCUGCAACAGCCCCGCCCCUAGCGAGAAGCCCCCCAGCCUGGAGACCGCGGGGGUGCGGAGCGGCUGCGCCCCUCCAUGGUUUCAGUUCCCCCUCUCUCGGCAACGCCAGGGCUCUGCCUUUGCGGGCCUCGAAGCUGCACACCUCUGUGCCAGGCCGCUUCUGCGUAUGCACGGUUCGAGCCCCCUAUGUGCCAGCGUCAGGCCAGUUCUGCGCAUGCGCUGCCCUUAGGUUGCCAGUAAUGCUACUGCGCAUGCGCGAAUCUCAAUGCGUCACACACACCCCCAACUGGGAGCCGCGGCCCGAGGCGUCAGGCCAGUUCUGCGUAUGCGCUGUCCUGAGCCUUGCCAGUAACGCCUCUGCGCAUCCACCAUGAAGGGAGUGACAGCGGGCCUGCAGAGAGGGCAUUGGGGGGUACCAGUGGGUCAAAAAAUGGACACGAGCAAGCAACCUGUGCUCGCAGGGCAGAGAGUUGACCAUAUCCUGGGCUGCAUCCAACGAAGCAUGACCAGCAGGUCAAGGGAAGUGAUUCUGCCUCUCUGUUCUCAUGAGACCUCCCUGGAGUACUGCAUCCGGCUCCAGAGUCCUUGGCAAAGCAGGUCCAGAGGAGAGCCACAGAAAUGAUCAGAGGGCUGGAGCACCUCUCCUAAGACAGGCUGAGAGAAUUGGGGUUGUUCAGCCCAGAGAAGAGGUUCUGGGGACACCUUAUUGUGGCCUUUCAGUACUUAAAGGGGGCUUAUAAGAAAGAUGGGGACAGACGUUUUAGUGUGGCCUGUAGCAAUAGGACAAGGCUUAGUGGUUUUAAACUGAAAGAGGGUAGAUUCAGACUAGAUAGAAGAAAUUUUUUAUGAUGAGGGUGGUGAAACACUGGGAGAGGUUGCCCAGAGAGGUGGCAGAUGCCCCGUGCCUGGAAAUAUUCAAGGUCAGGUUGGACAGGGCUGUAAGCAACCUGAUCUAGUUGAAGAUGCCCCUGCCUCCUGCAGUGGGGCUGGACUAGGGGGCCUUUAAAGGUCCCUUCCAACACAAACCAUUCUAUGAUUCUGUAAACUACCAGUAUCAUUCUGGCCAAUGUGUAUUUAUAGAUAUUUGAGGAAGUCCUUCACAACUGAAAUUUUACUCUGAAAGUUCUGAAUUGUCUUGAAAUUCUCAAGAGCUUUUCUCUAAAACAUCCCUUUCAGAGAUACUGAUAUUCAGGUCCUAGACCAAACACCGUACCUGAGGUUGCUUUACAGCAGGGAAGCAAAGUUUUGUAGAACAAGUGAGGCUGAGAGACUGCCCAGACACAUUCUCCUCCAUGUUCUCCCACACCCAUGCGGCAGCACUUUCAGAAAACGUUUUUCUAUUUGUUCCUGAUAGUUCUAAAUAUCUCUAACAAAAUUUCACCAUUGUCCUCCCUCCUGAAGCAGUGCUGCUGUUACCACAGAUAGCAAUGCAAAGAUGUUCAAAGGAAAUGGUCAGAAACACUUGGAAGCUAAAGGUCACAAUAAGCAGGAAAAGAAAAUACUUUACCAUGUACAUGAGACUGUUGGAAACUUUUUGCCAGUGUUUCCAGCUACCUGCAGGAGACAGUAAUCUUUCAUUAAAAGGCCUGAAUCUACAUAAAUAAAGCAGUCAUAUCAGCAGUUGGAUUUUCAGUUUUUUUUUGAAUAAGAUAAACAAUAAGUAACUCAUUUUCAUGGGUGACAAUACCAGCAAAUAUUGUCCUAAAAGAGAUAUGAAUUUCCCCUCUUCCUCACAGGCAGUCAUGUGGAAAGUCAUCAUCACAUACCGAUGUUGACAACAACUGUUCUAUGCAGAGUAUUUUAGUGGACAUAAAAAUGGGAAGAAGGUGAAAUUAAGUCUACUGGGAGGGAACUAACUGCUGCUGUAGGAAAUAAAAGAAGGUAUCACAGAAAAGGAAGGAGAAAGUAACUGAGAGGGUCAGCUGGCAGAAUAAGAAAACCCUUAAUGCAAUAAACAACAGUGGUCCUAUGUACGAAAACAAGCUGCAUUCAAAAAUAAAGCACUAAACUUACCACAAACAUACACAGACCCAAAAAAACCCACCAAAAUCUCCAAAAUCCCCCAAAAGACAAAGGUAAUUAGUAUUUUAACCUUGAAUAUGAAAAGGAUAUAGAUAUUAGAUGUCAGCCCUCCCUGACGCUUGCUAGCAUUCAUACAUACCCUCCCCCGGAAGAUUUCAAUGCAUCAAGCUCACAUGCUACGUUACACCUUUGAAUGUCCAUGCAAACCUAUCACAUAUGUUAACUGCGGACCCAAUGAGAAUGGAGAUGCGCAGAAGUCCAAGUGCCUAACAAGGGCCCCCAGAAAUUUCCCUAGUGACACCCACCCUUGGACCCUUGCUACCCACAGCACUCCCCUUUGAAUCUUUCCUGCUCAUCACACUUUGUGACAAAGCGUCCUGUAAUGGUUCAGCACCCAUGAUGAUGCUCAAAACACGAUGUCUGGCCUCAUGAGCGAAAGGGUAGGGUGUGUUUGUUUUUGGUUUGGUUUUUUUUUUUUUUCAGAAAUAAUGUUGUCUCCAGGAAUAGUACACAGAGAUGUAAAAAAACCUCCAGAUUUUGAAAUAAAAAAGUAAAAAAACCCCAAAAAUUAGCCUGGGCCUGACUGCUAGAAUGUACUUGGGUACAUAACCUGCACAUCCAAGCGUUUUGAGCUCGGUAACCUGCCAAAUGUCAGGGUAGUUACAUAGUCAUCUGGUGUAUCUUGUACUACAUUUUCAUACACCAGUUGCAAAAAACGAUCUCUUUAAGCAUCUUCCAACCUUGACAAUCAACUCCAAUAGCCUUGCUUCCACUGGUUUUCUAAAGAAGGGAACAUUUCACUCCCUCCAGCACCUCUGCUGACAAGUUGUUGGUUACUGUUAUCUCCAGCACCCACUGGUGGUCUAUGUUUUGAGAUUAGAAGGGCAGGUGGGACAACCUAACCUCAAAGAAGCUGCCUCUUGAUUUAAAGAAUCAGUCACUAAUAUUUGAGUGAGCGGAGGUUAUCUUUAUUCGGCAGCGCUGGGUGCAUGGGAGAUCGCUCCACCAAAGUCAUGCACACCGAGGGGAGUUUUCAGUCCCUCCUUUAUACAAGCAAAUCCUACCUAUUCAAUAGCUUUCCAGGAAAUUGUUUACAUAUUCAUUACAAUUCUGAGAAUUCAUUUACAUAUCUUGUGCCUGGGCAACGUCCUUGAGGAGUUGUCUCUGCGCAGACUCUAUUCCUUAGCGGCCAUGUUUAAAGUCUCCAUCUUUGCCACGUUGCAUGUACAACAGGAAUCUAAGACCAGAUGUCCUUUCUAAAGAUAACCAACCCAAGGACUUAGCAGUCUGUGCAUCUGUCAUGUUGACAAUAAGGGUCCUUGGACAUUUCCCGACUUUUAGCUAAACAUAGGUGCGUCAUCCUUUAGAUAUGUGGUACAGCAUUCACUAUUCAUUCCCCCCUUUUCUAACAGCUAUUGUAAAUUCUUUUACAACUACAGAAAAUGAUCAUAUCUUAUGAUCAUUCUUCGACAGGACCAAACAAAACAUUUAAGUAAUAUACAUAUUAAUAUUCCUAAAACUACUACAAUAAGUAUUAUAACAAAAGCAUGCUUUAACCAUUCUAAAUUAGGUAACCACGAAGUCAGUUUGUUCCAUAUAGCUUCAAAACUCCAUGAGAAAUCAUCUUUAGUAAUUUAAUGCAAAAUCUGAACCUUGUUCCAUAUCUUAUAGAUGUCUGUUUCAAUUUGAUUACUUUGGUUUAUGUAUACACAACAACUUUGGUUUAUUAUCAUGCAUACUCCCCCUUCCUUUAGGGUAAUUAAGUCCAGGGCCAUUCUGUUUUGAAUUACCACCUUACUCAAAGAUUUUACUUCCUGGUUCAAUCAGCUGAUUGCGUCUGUCGUUAGAUUAAACAUUUGUUCAAUUUCUGCAGACAUGUUUACCACGGUCUUUUCUAAUUCACUAACUCCUAACCACGGAAUAAACCCCCUAACAAAACUGUCGUAUCCAGUAUGUCUCAAAACAAUGGGGUUUUCACUUCUCUUAACAUGUCUCCAGACAUUAUGAUAGAACACAAAAAAGCCACAACCAAGAAAAAAAAAGAAGUCUCCUUCUACCUUCUGUAUCUCAGGAUGAAAAGUUUCCCUUGGGCUCUUCCCAAAUUUGUCAUGACUUACAGCACUGAAAUGCAAAUGAAAUACUGAUUUAUAGGAGAGCAAGUAUACAUUUCAACAUUAAAUCGCUAACUGGCUGUAGUUAGGACCAAUUUAAAAAAUAAUCGUUCAAAGAGCCUUGCUUAUGUGGAAUUUUUUGUGGAAUUCCCACAAUACCAACCUCUAAGACUUCCUAAACUUCUUUUGGAUUUUAAAAAGAGAAAUAACUAGGACCCUGCAUGGAGAUCAGGUUUAAGUGUACUGUAUUUACUUAUAAAGCACAGAAUUUUAUUCCAUCAUCCUUCACUUUGGCUUUAUACAUAAUUGUGAGCGUUUUAGGAAGACUCAAUAACUUAUUCUAUCUCAUAAGCUUCUCUUCUAUCUCUUCGAAAAUAAUUCAAGGCAUGUCAAAUGAAAAACGAGCUGUGCAGCAUCAAGUUCACACCCCAAAGAUCCACAAGCAAGAUCAACUUCCUCAAUCAACAGAAAUACCUAAUUUAUAGCAUUUCUUCUUAACUCGUGUUUCUACAUGACUAUUAUUUUUGCCCAUUUUUUUCCCUAGCAUUAAUUUCUGGAGCUGCACAGCAUGCCACGAAGUGCCAAAUGCAGUCUGUCUGAGGCACACUGAGCUGACACGGAGGUUACAUCUGAUGCACCUUUCCAUCAUUGCUUAUGCUAGGCCACCGUGCGGACAGGAUUUCCCAUAGUUCCCUUUGAAAGCAAUUAAAAUGCUAAAAUUAAUUUAUAAAAAAGCAGGUUUAUCGUGUAACUGAAAUUCUUUGAGAUAGUCGGUACCUAGACUCACGCUGGCUGUGAACAGGGUGAAAUGGCAAAGGACUAUCAACCAGGCCCAAGGGAAGGCUCAAAGGCUGUAAAAGCUAAAGAAUAGUCAGGGAAGGGAUUUUAGUCCAAGCCCAAGCAGGCAAAAGGAGAUGACAUUAGUCCUGCUGCCUGCAGGUGUGUGGGAAAAUCACCUUGGGGCGGGGGGGGGAAUUCGAGAAAAUUGCGUCCUAACUGAAGUGUAGUAUUACGGAAAGCUUUUUUAGGGUAAAAUACAGCUAUGGCCUUCAGGAUGGUUGGCAUGCACAGAAUCCAUAUCACCACAGUUCCCUAAGCAACACCUCCUGGCAGCUCAGCGCACGUGGAUAGCGGUGAUGAAGGAUGGUGCGGUGUGGAGACACCAUGCUCCCCGCAGGAAAGGGAACCAGAUGGCACCACACAGCUGAUAAGCUGCACACCAGUUGUCACAUGAAGAAUCCAGGAGAUGUCUGUGGCGAAUUUCAUCAUAAUGGUUGGCUCACUUUCCUCAGCUGAAAUAAUCUCAUUGUAAUACUAACGCACACCUCCAUCUCAAAGAUGCCUGCUUCCAAGGUACUACUACGCCUCAGUAGGCACACAACACCAGUUAGUAACAACAAUAGGCAUGGCUAAAGUCACUCAAGCUCCACCUAAAUGUGAUGGAAAUGGACUGGUCCUGGACUGAAAUAAG